AUGCUCACGGACCUCGAAAAGCUCAUUCCUAGCCGCGGAGCUGGCUUCACCGUUGUCCCCAUCUGCGGGGACAAAAAAUUGAACCCGCGGCGCGAGCUCUGCUCCAUCACGCCAUUCCGUGCCCCCCGGGUUCGCACUGUCCCCUCUGCCACCGACACGGCCUGCGCCACGUUCUUCGGCUGCGAUGACCUCGUCUUCCUGAUCUUCGAGUCUAUGAAGACGGAAUGGCACGAGUGGUUUAUCCAGCAGGACGCCGUCCAGAUGAUGCGAGUCAACCGGGCGUUCUAUUACUAUGCCGUCCCGCUUGUCUGGCUUAAUCUCUCCUCGCUCAAGCCGCUUUACAAACUCCUGCAGCCCGUAUGCCUGGCCCGCGCGAGUUCGCUAGAAGAGGCCGGUAGAGAGCUCGUGGCGAGCCCAAACUGGAAGAGAUUUCUGUUCUAUGCCUCAUUCGUCAAAUGCCUCCGCAUCAACUCCUACCUGACUGUGCCCGGCAUCAUUCCGUUCCUGACGACCCUCAUCGACGACAAUACCGCCAUUUUCCCCUCCGUCGAGGACAUCUGGUGGGACUGUGGCGAUAGAGCUUACGACGAGCUCUUGUGGUACCUUGGACGUCGCCUUCGCACGCUCACUAUCAAUGUGCCCGACUACGACGCAGUCGACAAUGCGGAGAAGGAGUUCAGCGAGUGGUGCAAACGCAUUUACGACAAAGCCGCCAUCACUUCCCCUAAGCUCAAGACGUUGAACUUGGAAGUCCAGGAAUACGGCCCGCUGCCCGAUGGCAUGUCGGCCAACACGUACUUCACGCUCUUGCAUCAUCAGGAAUUAAGCCCGCCACGGAAUGCUGCGGUCGCCGGCCAGAAGCUGCAGCUGGCGACUAUUGGUCUCAACUCCUUCUCCGGCAUGGGUGGCCUCGCCCAAACCCUCAGCGCGCUCGCAUACUUUCCUAAGGAGAAGCUUCGCCGCGUGGACCUGAGCUCGCGUUCGGUCUACUUCAUGCGCCGUGACAUGUCGUUGUCUGGCGCCAUCAAACCCCUGCUUUCUCUUCCCUUGCUUGAAGACGUCACACUCUAUUUCCCGAACCACCUCUUCAUCGUCAGCGCAGAGGAGAUCCUCACACUGGCUCGGGCGUGGAAGGGGCUCACGAGUCUGCAGAUUGUGGUGACUGCGGUGGAGAGGAACUUGGUCCCCGACAUCAACCUCAUCGACGACAUCAUCGCGCUGUGCCCGCGGCUCAAGCUGCUCGAAAUCCCGAAGAUGAGAGCUACGGAGUCCAACGAAACGUUUCGACUCAAAGGGUCCAGUACUAGCGUCCUCGAGCACUUCACCAUCCAGAAACUUUUCCUCACGUCCUGGCUCACUGAACACUUCCUCCACACUACAACGCUUGCCGCUUAUCCGUCUCUAUCGCCUCACGGUUUCUGUUUUGGAACCAAAUAUGUCUUAGGGGGUUGGUGA